UUCGGUUCGCUGUCAGACUCGCGAUGGUGCCAUGGAUGCCUUGCCAGAAUGGUUUAUCCAAAAUCUCAGUGCCGAAGAACUGGUUGAGGCAAGGCGAGAAAAGCUGCAGCAUCUGGAAUUGUGGCAGAAACUCAAUGCUGGACAGCUCUACCAGGUCGCCCGAAAAGAUGUCGAUGAACUCUUCGCGAUCUUUGAUGUGGAAGGAUCAGGAGAGAUCUCCAUCGAAGAGUUGAUGGAAAUCAACAAGGUUGAAGGCCUAGUCCUGACCAGCUCAGAUGUAGAAGCUCUCGGAAGAGAUGCGGACAAGGACGGUUCGGGUCUGAUCAGCGCGAAGGAGCUCUACAAAGCGAUGAUUCAGGGCGAGGUGGCCUACAAUCUGGUGAAGAAGUCGAUUAACCAAGAGAGCUUUGCCCAGCAGCUGGCCCCUGGCGAAUGCUUGAUUGAUGAUUUGAUCGAAUGGAUGCGGAACGAGUACGAGACCAACUCAGAUUUGUGGUCACUGCCACAGACGAUUUGUUUGUUCGCUGUCUUCCAGUGGUGUGCCACGUCGCACAUUCCUGUGCGAACAAAUUGGAGAAUGGCCAAGAACUUUGAUGUCGCCGAGUUUGGCUCCUACAAAUUUAGUUUCAUCUAUGAUUAUACCUCUCUGUGGGAUUUCUUCGAGCAUACCUUCCUGGAACAACAUGCGAACCAAGACUUGAAGCUCACCACCCCUGCGCGAUACUUCAUGCGCAACCAAAUGCUGGGAGCCUCACGCUUCAGGCGUUUGUAUACACUACCCCAAGACUGCCCGUUGCCGGACUACUUGAAGAAGGUCUACUAUCCAUUUCCACUUCCAUUUUUGAACAAAUGCCACAAGCGCGGGGAGCAACUCGUGGACGAUCGAUUUCUCCUCUACCACGAACGACUUGAUACAUUGAAGAGAAGGCUGAGAAGUUGGGGCGAUGAAUACUGGUUGGACGACAAUACCACAUCCAUUUCCGUGGACACCAUUUACAUGAAUCCGGCCUUGGGCACGUGGACCUUCGAGCAGUUGACCUGGUUCUUUGAGAACAACGGCUAUCUCCACCACGUACAAACCACUGAGACCUUCUUGAUCGAACCCUAUAAAGAUUGGAGUGCAGUCAUCCCAGAUGUGCUUUUCAUUCUCAUUCUCAUGCGCAUUCUCUAUUUCGAGAUGAAAGAGUUCGUUCCCGCCAUGGCGACCGGUUUGGACGGCAUCAUGAACUACUUGCAAUUGUGGAACAUCGUUGAUUGGUUGACUAUCAGCUGGGGAAUUGUUUGUGCACUGCUUUGGUUGAUUGCCCUUCUGCAGCUGGAUGGCUUGCAGCCGGCCAUCGAGGAAUUGCCUUUGCCCGUGUUCGAUGCCAUUAUUGAGACGGUGAACAUCAUCAAUAAGACCUAUCUCGCUCCUCAGCAGUUGAACGCGGUGAUGACGCACGAAGAUUACUAUGGCCGCCUUGCCCGGGUCUUUGAUGCCUUUCAGGCUGUCUCCAUUUGGAAUGAGUCUGUCCGCCUCGUCGCUGUGUUGUAUUUAUUCAUUUUGAUGCUGAAGUUCUUCAAGUCUUUCAAAGCCAACAAGCGUCUCAACGUGGUCAUCAACACCUUGACGCAUUCUGUCAAAGACGUCUCACACUUUGCCAUCGUCUUCGCCACCAUCUUCCUGUGCUACGCGUGGGCUGCGCAUGUGUUCUUUGGUUGGAGCAUCGAAGCAGCCAGCUCCAUGUUUGGGGCAGCCUACUGGCGAUGGUCAGGCGCUGUGGACUCGAGGGAUAUGGAGGAUCUCACCGAUGUGGGCCGUGUUCUGGGUUAUGCUUAUACCUUGUCCUACGAGUUCUUGGUGUUGAACUUGCUCUUCGGGAUUCUUUUUGGCUUGGUGUUCGAAGCCUACGGGAGAACACGAGCUGAAGCCGGAAAGACGGACACCCUGCUGGCGCAGAUUCGGAAGUCCAUCACAGAGAUGCGUCGAAAGAAGGACUUUGUGAACGACUACUACAUGAUUUGUGCUUUGGAAGACGAAGAUGCCCCGGCGCACCCGGGAGAAAUUGUGACGAUUCGAAGUUUGCUGGAAGCCUUCAGAAAUAACAAGAUGACCAAGGAGAAUGCAGAAUACAUCAUCAACCAUGUGCGCGACUUUAAGAUGAGCAAGUCGCACGAGGUUGAAGUUGGUUUGAUGGAUGCUUUAAAGCUGGUGGGGCGGAUGCGAACUAUCAGUUUGAAAAGCACCUUGCGCACCGAGUCACUCUUGAAACAGUUGAAAGACGAAAGUCAAAGGCCGCAAGAAAUGCGAUACCGUUGUAUCAUGGCGGGCUUUGACCCCGACAACACCGAAGAAAUGCAAGAGUUCAUCCGUGCCAGCACCUUGCAAGCCUUGGAAGAGGACCAUCCCCUGCCCAAUGCGGUGGUGAACCAGGCUGCUGCUGGGCCACAGCAGAGCAAGCUCUCCAUCAAUAGCCGCACAUUCAGCAGAGAACAUUCUUCAAAGGAGGGGACGAAAGACGUGAUCGACGACGCCGCAGAGGAACGCACUGUGAAGGAGAAGCGGAUAUUGAGUAAGGCAGACGGUCUGGAAGCAGCAGUUCAGAGUAUGCAUGAACAGCACCUCCAAAGUGUUCAAGCCAUCGCCGAAGAACUGCAAGAAUAUCAGCUGCAAUCGUCCGAAUUUGAAGAAGAACUCUCGACACUGGAGAGAGCCGUGCGAGGUUACAGCAGGAAGGGUCAAGAAGGUGCGAGUGAACUGGAGGAACGCUUUCGAGACGCCAACCUCCAUGUCGUGCAGGACCUGCCAGACCGACUCUUUAAGCUCUCCCAGAUGGCCAAGGCAUCGCGCCAGGUGGUGGAGAGACCUUUGACUGCAGAUAGCACUGCAGAUGAAGGGCAACAUGGAACGUCAAAUGGCGAUUCUUUGACAUUGAGGGCACAGACAUGUCCAAACGUCAUGUGGUUUGGGUUCUUCUUGGAAUCCUUGUGCUGAUUUUCUACUGCUGUGCAGGAGUGACUGUGCAUUUGUUGAGGGUGUUACACUCCGACUCACAUCCAAGUGGAAAGCACAUCGUUUUGUGAAGGAAGACGUGGCCUUCCCAGGGGACCAUAUACACGUCCAUCCCCCCCACAGAAAUCCACAGAUCCUCGUAGAGCGGAGUGGAGAGUGGAUGUUUGCGCCUUUUCCGUGAGUGGUCGUACCGGACCAGGUGGGAAGGCAGGCUUUAGUUCCGACCCCUUGAAGCGCCUGGAGAGCCGUAUCGCCGCUCUCUUCCAGCACUCGCAGACCUUCUUGGACCAAGCAGAGGCCCAGCAUGACCUGUACCUUUUGCUUGACCGCUUGAUUUCAACGGUGGCACUGAUGGGCAAAGGAUAGGCAAGGAGAAAGUUAAGAUGGCUCAAUUAGGCAUGGAAUGGAUGCCAUGGUGAACAACGAGAUACUCAGUAUACCCUCGAGCCCUUGAAGCUGUUCGCUGUUCAGCUAAUUGAAUUCAUAAGUCUUCGAACCGGAGCAUGAACCAUAUGAACCACUAUAUAAGUGAACCAUAUAACCACAUCCACUGCAGCAUCCGACCGAUGACGAGAUGACCUGCCGGCGUGUCCAAACCACGGUCCUUCGUUUGCCGCGCGACCGACCCAAACGGAGCCUCCAACGAACGGAGGGGCGCUCCGUUCGUGGGACGUUACGAAACCAGGGAAGCUCUACGAGACGUAGCUUCUAGGGCAUCGCUGCGAAGGUCGCAAGAGACGCUACUCACUUCCAACUUAAGUCGAUGCGAAUUUGUCUUGUGUCGUUUGAGGACCUGCACACCGGCGGGGAAACCCCGGUUGCUCCUCCGCUUGUGCAAACGUACUCCAGCGGUCGCUCCACGCACGAGUUUCACGCACGCCCAGUCGGUGACGCCGGUCUCAAGCACUCCCAUGUUACAUGGUGACCAAGAUUUGGC